AUAUUAUAUAGUGAAAAAAUGGAUGGGCCAAGUCCAAAAAGUGAUUUUUAUUCUAAAGCAGCUAUGAUGGUCGAGUUUCAACGUAACCGUUAACCAACGGCUUUAUCAAUCCCCGGGCAGCCCAAUUCAAACAUCUGAAAAAGCAAAAGCAAUCAAUCUAUGGAAGAAAAAAAGCAAAAGCUUAAAGACAACAUAAUCUAUCCUCCUUUUCUUUAACCUUUCCUAAUUAACUGCACCUAACCUUAAAAUCAUCUAACUAUAUAUGUUUUAUCCUAAGGCCCUAUCCACCUAUUGGGUUCAUUUGAAAUCUCACCUCACCAGAUCCUUCUAUCUCCAUGGGUUCUUGCAUUAGCAAAUGCAUGCCCAACAAACAUUCCAGGUUAGAAGAUCACCAUGUCUAUGAUGAUGAUUUGUAUGGAUUUGUCCAAGACAAGCUUGUGAUCUCCCAAGCCCCACCCUUCAAAGUUCCUCCAACACCACUCUCCAACAAGAUCUCACCUUCCCCUCUGGAACUCUCCUUCUCGUCGAAAUCGGCUUCGACCAUCUUCACUGCCAGUAAAAGCAGUGCCAGUAGCAUUCCAGCCCAAUUCCUAUGGCCGGCAGAGGACACCGUCCGUGCCCUCGACGAGCUCGACGAGCCGCUGAUAGAUCUUGGGGGCUUCUUUCGAGGGGACCAUGAGUCGACCCUCCGAGCUGCCAAAGCCAUCAGGGAGGCCUGCCUGAGCCACGGGUUCUUCCAAGUGGUCAACCAUGGGAUCGACUGGGGGCUCAUUCAGGCUGCUCAUGACCAUAUCAGGUCCUUCUUUAGGUCUCCAAUUGAGACGAAGCUUAGGGCUAGCCAGAAGAGAAAUGGCUACGGCGGUUAUUCCAGUGCCCAUAGCGAGCGGUUCUCCUCAAGGUUGCCAUGGAAGGAGACGCUAUCCUUCGGUUACCCCGCGAAUUCACCUGAAGAGACGGUGGAGUUCUUUAAAUCGAAACUUGGGAUGGAAUUUGAGCAGACGGGAAAGGUGUACAAAAAGUACUGCGAAGCCAUGAAGGACUUGGCCUUGGGGAUCAUGGAGCUCCUAGCAAUCAGCUUAGGAGUCGGGAGGCUCCAUUACAAGGAGUUAUUCAACGACAGUCGCUCCAUCAUGCGGUGCAACUACUACCCACCGUGCAAAAAGCCAAGCCUCGUGCUCGGCACUGGCCCUCACUGCGACCCCACUUCCCUCACCGUCCUUCACCAGGAUCAGGUUGGAGGGCUUGAGGUCUCGGCGAAUGGUAAGUGGUGGAAAGUUCGGCCUCACCCUGAUGCCCUAGUCAUCAACAUUGGCGACAGUUUCAUGGCUCUGACGAACGGGAUGUACAAGAGCGGUCUGCACUGGGCCGUGGUGAACGAGUCCAGGGAAAGGAUGUCGCUCUCAUUCUUCAUGUGUCCGGCACCAUACAAAGUGGUGAGGCCUCCACAAGGUCUCUUGUAUCGGGACAUGAAUGGGGAAAGGAAGUACCCUGACUUCACGUGGCCAGAGUUGCUCCAUUUCGUCAAAAACCACCACAGGGCUGACACCGGCGACACCCUCGGUCAUUUCUCCCGGUGGCUUCUCUCUCAGUCAGCCGUGUUGUCUUGCCAGGACCCUCAGGCUUAG